CACAUCGCGCCGUAGCGGGCUACUAGACCUCGUGGUGAACUGGGCUCUCUUCUACUCGGCCAUAUUGGAUAGUGAAUGACUUCGUUACGCAGAGGCUCAAGAGUAGCCGUGAAAUCACAAAAUCCUCGACGCCGUGAGGAUAACGAGACAAGAUGGAAAAUGAGUACACCGUCACCGUCAGGAACAAGUUCCAGCUGGCGCUCGAUGAAAGCGAGGACCCACUGGAAGUGCUAAAAGUCCAGGAACUUGAAAAGGAAGCCAAAAAGAAGGAGAGAAUUUCUGAAAAAGAAAAUAAAAGCAAGCAGCAGCAGCAGCAGCAGCAGCAACAACAGCAAGAUGGGCAAAAGGCUGCGAACAACAAAACUCCGAAGAGCCGCGUGAUCAAGGAUGCCCAGCAACCGCCGUCGAAGACGCAGGAACCGAAAAAAGAUCAAGUUGAAAAGAAACCAGCUCGAGGUGGAGAGCCACGAACAAGCGGUGGCGAUCGAAUUGUGAAGUUUUCCGGUGAAUCCAGAGAAGAGCGUAACAAUAGGCGUAACCGAGAGGAAGGAGAAAGACCAAGUAGAGGAGGACAGGGAGAAUUCAGGCGAGGACCUCCUAGCGAAGGCCGUGAGACGCGCGAGUUUCGUAACUCGACUGACGCUCAGCGUGGCGAGUAUGGCGAGCGUCGCGGCCGUGGAGGAAUGCGGGGUAUAGGUCGUGGACGUGGAGGCCCACGUGGUCGUGGAGGUUUUGAUAAUCGCGGUAAACGCGAGUUUGAUCGUCAGUCGGGUUCUGAUAAAACUGGCAUUAAACCUGUUGACAAGAAAGAUGGGGCUGGUAGUCAUAACUGGGGAACUCAUAAUGACGAAAUAGAGGAAAGUCUCAACCAAGAAACUCAAGACUGGGCCAACGAAAAACCGGACUCUGAUACUCAAGUGACUCCUGAAGUGAAAAAUGGCGAGACCACCGCGGAAACGCCCGCGGAAGAGAAACCGGUCGAAGAAGAAACGCGUGAACUGACACUGGACGAGUGGAAAGCUCUACGAAGUAACAGAGCAAAGCCUCAAUAUAAUUUGCGAAAGGCCGGUGAAGGUGAGGAUCUGUCUCGCUGGAAAAAGAUGUACGCGCUCGAGAGAAAGAAAGAAACGAAUGAGGAUGAGGACGAAGAAGAGGAAGAGUAUGACGCAGCUGCUGAAUAUCCUCAACGCGUUGGCAGGCAGAAACGCGUGUUAGGUAUUGAGAUACAAUUUAGUGAUUCCCGACGUGGCUCAGGUGGUCGUGGUCGAGGCGGCCGCGGUCGAGGCGAUCGUAUGAACGGCCGCGGAUUUGGAAACCGCGGUGCUCCAAGGGACGGCGAUUCACGCUCGCAAAACGAGCAAAGAUCGCCACGAAGUCGUCAGAACGCUCCAAAGGUAGACGAUGAGAACGAUUUUCCUUCUCUGGGAUAAAUAGCUUCAUCUCGUCGAUCCUACAACGUCCCAUCAUUGCCGUCACCAUCAAUACAUUUAUAAAUAGAACAAUACUUAAAAAAAAAAAAAAAAGAAAUAUAAUUAUCAAGAAUCUUGCAUUAGUGAUAACUAAUUAUUAAUGCAUAAUACAGUACACCAUUGCAGAAGUGAAAUACGUAUAACACUAUCUAAAAAUUCCUGUCGUGGUCUGAACGCCACGAGUACAUAUUGGCAUAUAAAAUAGUACACGUAAAAAGUUAAUAAUGUAUGAACAUAAAAGAAAAAAACAACAAUAGAUAACGAUUCUUUUUUCUACUUGUGAAAAACUGUUUGUCUGUAAUUAGUCUGAAUUACUGGUCAACGGACAAACAAUCUGUCGAGGCGGAGCUUGGUCUCCCGAAAAACUUGUUAAUAGUCCCGAAUCCGUGAGAGGAACACAAAAAAGCAGAAAAAAAAGAUGUAUAAGACGCGCAAGAGAGAAACGAGAAAAAAAAA